UUUUUAUAAGAUAUUUUUAGUUUUGUAGCUUUUAUAAAAGGGAUUUGUGCAUAUUUUGAAUACUUUUUAUUUUCAACUUUCAUAAUUUUAAUUUUUACCUACAUCUCGGAGACGUCUCGACGUAUCGCUCCUUUACGAGAAUUUAAAAACUCUAUCAAAUCUUGUAAAGAGAAAUGCGUGAAAUCGUUCAUAUUCAGCUAGGCCAGUGCGGAAACCAAAUUGGUGGAAAAUUUUGGGAAGUGAUUUCUGAUGAACACUGCAUAGAUCCCUGUGGUUGCUACUAUGGAGAUAGUGAUUUGCAGUUAGAACGAAUAAAUGUUUAUUAUAACGAAGCUACAUCCGGAAAGUUCGUGCCUCGAGCUGUACUCGUUGAUUUAGAACCAGGUGCAUUAGAUUCUGUGCGAUCUGGCCCAUUUGGCGGAAUAUUUCGACCUGAUAACUUCGUGUUUGGUCAUUCGGGAGCAGGAAAUAAUUGGGCAAAAGGUUUUUACACAGAAGGCGCUGAAUUUAUUGAUUCUGUCUUAGAUGUAGUAAGAAAGGAAGCGGAAGGAUGUGAUUGUUUACAAGGAUUUCAAAUUGUUCACUCGCUAGGAGGUGGAACAGGGUCAGGCUUAGGAACACUUGUACUUUCAAAACUUAAUGAGGAGUUUCCAGAUCGAGUUUUGCUUACUUUUUCAGUUUAUCCUUCUCCCAAAGUUUCUGAAACAGUUGUUGAGCCAUAUAACUGCACAUUAAGCUCUCAUUAUUUAAUUCAGCACGCGGAGCAAACAGUAUGUAUUGACAAUGAGGCACUUUAUGAUAUUUGCUACCGUACUCUUAAGUUAACUUCCCCAACAUUGGGUGAUCUGAAUCAUCUGAUAUCAGCAACGAUGUCCGGCAUAACGACAUGCUUACGAUUUCCGGGUCAACUUAACUCGGAUUUACGAAAAAUUGCUGUUAACAUGAUUCCAUUCCCGAGAUUUCAUUUCUACAUGCCUGGGUUUGUUCCACUAAAUUCAAGGUGCUCACAACAAUACCGGGCAUUAACUGUUGCUGAAUUGACGUAUCAAAUGUUUGAUGCUAAAAAUAUGAUGACUGCUUGUGAUCCACGACAAGGACGAUAUUUAACAGUUGGGGCUGUUUUUAGAGGUCGGAUGUCUAUGAAGGAGGUCGAUGAACAAAUGUCAAAUAUACAAAAUAAGAAUAGUAGUUAUUUUGUAGAAUGGAUACCGAAUAAUUGCAAAACCGCUGUGUGUGAUAUACCUCCGCGGGGACUUAAAAUGUCCGCUACAUUCUUAGGGAACACAACAGCGCUGAAAGAAAUUUUUAAACGAAUAACUGAACAAUUUACAGCUAUGUUUAGAAGAAAAGCUUUUCUACAUUGGUACACAGGAGAGGGAAUGGAUGAAAUGGAAUUUACUGACGCUGAAGAAAAUUUAAAUGAACUUAUUAAUCAAUAUCAGCAAUUUCAAGAAGUUGGAAUUCAUGAUGAAGAUGAUUUUGAGGACGAAGAGGAAUACGAGAGAUAAUUUUUUUAUCCCAAAUUCAUAGUGGUUUAUCAUCUAAUUAAUUUUGUAAUAAACUUAAACAGAUUUUUAUAUA